AUGCCCAACAUUCGUACUUCUUUGAGCUUUUGCACGUGGUAUCAAGCUGCCUCUCAAAUUUCAGCUUACAGCAUGAAUACCUCUUGCUUGAGAGCCAUCCGCAAAUGGUACGCCUCAAAGAAGAGCGCCAAAAGGUUUCGCGACCGUGGUGCUAAUGAAUACUUAUCAUAUGAGAAGUCGAUUCCAGAGGACGAACGGCAACAAUCACCAGAGCAAGUUCAGGAAGAGGUCAGGAUGCCGGAUACUCGCGAGGUGGAACCUUCAAGAGUUCAGACUCGGAGUAAGAGUGCCACUGGAAAACGGGCGCUGGGGCCGGUUGAAGAAGCCAAGUAUGACAAAAGAGCUCGUCGGAAGUUAGCGCUCGAGCCCCCUGCUUCUAAACUUAUGUCGGACGCUCAGAAAGCAUGGCAUACCGAAGAAGAAGAACGAGAAUCAACUGCUAUGGAACUCUUGCCUCGGCCUGGUCUCCCCAACGUUGGUCCGGCUUUAAGAGGCCCUGCCUCUUCUGCACAUUCAUUGAAUGAAGAAGAACGUGGAGAUGAAUCAUUUGCAGGGGGUAUGGAGUUUGCCCCUGAAGACACGCUUCAUGAUUCUGCCUCCACUGCCCCUCGUGGUGAAGAAGAUAUACCUCCUGUCCAAGAACCUACUGUGACUGCCCAGCAAGAUCCAAUAGCGGACAAGUCUCCUUCUGCUUCUGUGUUACUACCCCCUGUAGGAGGUACGCAGCCAAGCCCUACGACUGGAGUUAUAUCAAAACCUACUAUCACCGAGGAUCCACCGGCAUUUCCUUCCGUAGACGAAGAUGAGACUAUAGACCAUAGCGAUGGUGCGGACGCCACAGAUGAUGAUGGAGACCAGAGUGGGAACAAUGACAACCUGGGUGAUGACAGCGAUGAUCCCGAUGACUGGGAUAUUCCACCACCAUCGUCUUCCGACAAGGUGUCAGCCUACAUUCCUCUACCUCUCACUGCCUCUACAGAAGUGGUAGACAUGCCAAGGUCAUCUAACAUGGGGGAACUGAUGGCUCUGCAAUCAAGUCCCUCUCAACUGGAUAUCGGCGUUCCUUCUCAAGCCACUACACCGAAGUCACCUGCUGGUCUUUUACUUGGCUCUGUGUCUUCAGAAGUUUCUGUGCCGUCUCCCAUUGCUGUUUCGAGUCCCACGGACGUGCCAGAUUUUCUUAAGAUUUCUCUUGACUAUUUAGAAAGUCUCACUAGGAAGAUUGCAUCUACAUUCGAGGAUAUUCGGGCCGAAGAAGUUAGUAAGUAUGAAGUCGCUCGACGUCACAUAGCAGGGCAAGAGGUCGAGGUGGAGCAUCUGCAGCAACUGCAUGCUCAAAAGCAAGCUGAGCUAACACUAUCCAACACUUCUUUGGAGAAUUUACGGGAGAAGAUCAUUACCGCUGAAACAGAGUUGACUAGGAUGAAGGCUCAAUUCAAGCGAGAAGAAGCCAUCGUCACUGAGCUCAACGUCAAAAGUGCUACCUCUCUGGUGAAUUAUCGCAAAAAGGCUAGUGCUCUGGACGAGGCUAAGAAGGAGGUAGAUGCUAUGCUGUCUAGUGAGGACGAGCUUAGGAAACGGGCCGAGAUGCUGGUUCGGGCUGACCAUGAAGGAAAACUUUCUGAUAUUAAGUCUCAGCUAGCCUCAUUCAGUCUGAUGAAUUGA